AUGACGCUCUGCCUUACUGACCUCCCAACCGAGGAUAUAGAUGAUUUAAAGAUCUGCAACCAGAAGAAAGACCAUAAGGACAACCGGUGGCGCCGCAAACUAUCUCCAAGACAUACUGGAUAUACGUCGCAGUUCAACGAGAACUUCAACACAGAAGCCGUCAGUGCUCACGUCAACUCAUUCAACGAUUUCAUUGAUUCCUUAAAUACAACAAUCAUCAAACACGCACCUGCAAUAGUUAUUAACCUAAGCACAUCCAAGGCUAUUAAGGUCGAAAUAGUCAAUCUAACCAUCAAGCCUCCUUCUUUUACACCAGCUUUUGCCCGGGAAACACGCGCCAACUAUUGUGGCCCACUACACGUUACCCUCAAGGUGUCGGACGGACCAAUGUCCAAGACCGUAGUCAUCAAUGCCGGAGACGUUCCGGUCAUGGUAGGAUCAAAGCUUUGCUUGUUGCAUGGGAAAACACGGGAAGAAAGGAUACGACUCCGCGAGGAUGAGCGUGAUGCGGGGGGAUACUUUAUCUCAAAUGGUCAAGACAAAGUUGUGCGCCUUUAUUUGGACUGUCUGUCUAAUACCCCCCUUGCGUUCACCAAAUAUCGUUCUUUGUCCACGAUUUCUGAAUUUGCUCCUGCAGGCGUGCACUACAAAGGGGUUCGAGAAGAUGGGCACGUCUACUCCACAGUCAUACAGGCACGAAAGGAUAACUUUCUCAGCGUGAAAUUCACAAUAGAUGGAAGAUACAUUUAUGUGCCUCUCAUACUGGUUCUGCGUGCUCUAGUUUCGACAACAGAUAAGGAGAUUUAUUCCACCAUCUGUACCAUCUGUGCUUCAGCACACCCCAAAGAAGAUGGAUAUGUCUCCCUUCGGGUUGAAGCUAUGCUGCGAGACUUUCACAAAUAUCGCAUUUUCUCCCACAAAGCCUGCAAGCAGUUACUUGGCGGUAAGUUCAGGAUGAUCCUUUCCUUGUUAGAUAGGUAUGACUUGACAGAUGUGGACUGCUGUGACCUAUUAUUCGAGCAGUACCUUCUGAUAAACAUCCCCAAGGAAGACACCAGAGCCAAGUUUAAUAUGAUGUGCCUCAUGGCCCGCAAAUGCCUGCUGCUCUUUGGUAGCUUUAUAAAGCCAGACAGUCCAGACCUGCUGUCUUCGCAAGAGGCUCUUACUCCUGGCGCCUUUUUCAAGGCAGAGGUCACGUCUACCCUCAUCAAAAUCAUGCGUCUUGUCUCUCGAAACGCCACCUCCACCGGAGCCAUUGGCAGCUAUGAGCUCUCAAACUCUUGGAUUUCUCAUUACAUAGCCUCUCCCAAACUUUGGAGGCCCUUGUCUAGUGGCCUGCGAUCUCUUGCCGGACCGGGAGUGAUGCGCGCAUACAAGGGCCACGACUACUCUAAUAUGAGUGGCCUCUCGGUCCUUGCAGAUAGGAUAAACUACGUCCGCUUCCUGGCGCAUUUUCGUUGCAUAAACCGAGGAAACGCCUUUGCGACUCACAAAAUCACUAGCAUUAGAAAACUGUACCCAGAGUCCUACGGCUUCCAGUGUGCUGUCCACACCCCGGAUGGUGCGCCAUGUGGAAUACUCACGCAUCUUUGCUAUAAGGCCACGGUCCUCAGCUCCACCCCAACCACCGAUCAAAUUGCAAAUCUAUUCAUAUUAUUGGCACAAUUUGGGCUUUCCCCCUCUCUUUCUGAUAUCUACAGCCUUUGUGUGGUGCUCAAUGGCACUAUUCUAGGCUAUUUAGAUACGAAUGAACGUGCAAUUCAGCUUGUCGCGUGCAUUCGCGCAGCAAAGGUAAAGUCUAUUAUUUUCCCGUACACCGAAGUCGUUUUUAUAGAGAAGGGCAAUAAAGAUCAUCUCUUUCCGGGAAUCUAUAUGAACACAUCCAUGGGACGAUUCUAUCGCCCUGUCCACUCACUGACUAAUAAUUCACCAGAGUAUAUUACUCCUCUUGAGCAGAUAUUCCUUCAGAUAGCCAUCUAUGGCGACGACGUGCGCCUGGGGGUGACUACGCAUCAAGAAAUUACCCCAACCUCCCUUCUCUCCAUUCUUGGGCUUCUGGUGCCAUUCUCGGACCACAAUCAGUCCCCCAGGAACAUGUAUGAGUGCCAAAUGCUCAAGCAAACGAUGGGAAUCCCGUGCCGCAAUCUUGCAUAUAAAUAUGAUACAAAGUCCUAUCUCCUUACAACUCCCCAGAAGCCUCUUGUGCGGAACGCAAUCAUACAUGAUAUUGGUGGCUUCGAUACCCACCCAACAGGCACGAACCUAGUGGUGGCAGUCUCGGCGUAUACCUCAUACGAUAUGGAGGACGCAGCACUGAUCAACAAGGCCUCGCUGGAGCGAGGUCUUUUUCACGGAACCGUUUAUUCGGUUCACGACAUAGAUUGCUACGACGACAAGCUAAUGAGAUACAUGCGAACCGUAGCCACUGCCGUGCCCUACCUCAAGCGCAGCCCAGACUAUAUUGUGACUCACAUGGAUGAGAACUACGACACAGAGCUAGACGAGGACGGGCUUCCUCCCGUUGGGGCAUACCUGUCGCAUGGCAGUGUAUUCUACCAAACGUAUGACCCAACUAAGCAGUGCUACUCAACCAAGCUGUACCAUCACGAACCGGGGUUUGUGGAGAAGGUCAUCGUUAUUCAUAAAAGCGCUGCGAAAGGAGAGUAUUGGACCGAUAACGAUAUUGCUACAAAGAAGAAACGGGACUCUUCGUUUCCAGCUGGAGACUCCAACUCAUCCAACCUUGAUAAUGAUGCUUCGGAUGAUGAGAUAAGUAACCAGCCAGGUAGCGGUUCCGAAUCAAAUGAAGAUAACCAAACAGCAACGCCGCGGUCACACGCAAGCAAGGCGGAGAGAAAGUCCUCUAGACAGUUGCAGACCCGUGCUCGAACUGAGAGCUCAUCUCUACACUUUAUUCAGCGCGUGCGCAUAGUCAUUCGGCACGACAGAACUCCUGUUGUGGGAGACAAGGUUGCAAGCCGACAUGGCCAGAAAGGAAUCAUGGGGAUACGGUGGCGGCAAACCGACAUGCCCUUUACCUCCAGCGGUAUAGUUCCCGACCUCAUCAUUAACCCCCACGCUUUUCCAUCCAGAAUGACAGUCGGAAUGCUUAUAGAGUCACUUGCCUCCAAGAUAGGCGUGCACUACGCUGACUUUGUUGAUUCUUCGCCUUUUCAGUGGAGUGACGAGCGUCGCGCUAUAGAUGUCUUUGGUGAGCAACUUCUCAAAACAGGCCAAUUUAAUAGGUACGGGUCGGAGGUCAUGUACAGCGCCAUAACUGGGGACCCAAUGCCAGCCGACAUUUUCAUUGGCGUUGUCUACUAUCAGCGUCUACGACACAUGGUGUCAGACAAGUACCAGGUUCGCGCAGAAGGCCCCUCCGACAAGAUCACAAAGCAGCCCAUCAAGGGGCGUAAGAGGGGUGGCGGCCUGCGCUUCGGAGAAAUGGAGCGAGAUGCUUUGUUGGCCCACGGAGCUAUGGCGAGCCUUAGGGGUAGACUCUGCACAGAGAGUGACGCCACGGAGCACGUUGUCUGCGCUGCAUGUGGAAGUCUGCUUGGAAUGCAGCUGGGCGGAAGUGUCUGCCGAGAAUGUAAGGCUACAGGCCACGGGCGGCUCAUACAAAUACCCAUGGUGCUGCUCGUUCUUGCCAAUGACCUCGCAGCGAUGGGUGUGAGAAUGCGCUUCAAUGUAUCUCUAGUUGAGUAG